CACUACCCAUCCCUCUCUCCGGUACGAAUUCAUCUACUCCGCGCCCUUGCCGACGCUGGUUUGCGCCUUCACGUCGACGAAUCUCUCCAUUUGUUUGCCUUCUUUCGCUUUGCGCCAGCUGCUAACCUCGCGAUCAGCCCCGCUUGUUUACAAUUAACUCGCACCGAUCCGAUUCCUUCACCGAUAGCAAACAUGGCCGAAACUCAGCAGACUCCUACCUUCAAGCUCGUUCUUGUCGGUGAUGGCGGUACCGGAAAGACCACUUUCGUCAAGCGUCACUUGACUGGUGAGUUCGAGAAGAAGUACAUGGCCACUCUUGGUGUCGAAGUCCACCCUCUGGGUUUCAGCACGAACUUUGGUCAGAUUCAGUUCGAUGUUUGGGAUACCGCCGGCCAGGAGAAGUUCGGUGGUCUCCGUGAUGGUUACUACAUCAACGGCCAGUGCGGUAUCAUCAUGUUCGAUGUCACUUCCCGUAUCACAUACAAGAACGUCCCCAACUGGCACCGCGAUCUCGUUCGUGUUUGCGAGAACAUCCCCAUCGUUCUCUGCGGUAACAAGGUCGACGUGAAGGAGCGCAAGGUCAAGGCCAAGACCAUUACCUUCCACCGCAAGAAGAACCUUCAGUACUACGAUAUCUCUGCCAAGUCCAACUACAACUUCGAGAAGCCUUUCCUCUGGCUUGCACGUAAGCUUGUCGGCAACCCCGCUUUGGAAUUCGUUGCUGCACCGGCUCUCGCCCCCCCCACCGCUCAGGUCGACGCCCAGCUCCUCGAGCAGUACCGCAAGGAGAUGGACGAGGCCGCCAACAUGCCUCUGCCCGGUGAGCUUUCGGACGAAGACUUGUAA